UUUCAAUUUCCGCCAAAUAUUUUGAGAACCCGCCGCUCUCUCUCUCCCUUUAUAAUUUCCCCCAAAUCUCUCACUCAUCUCGAUAACCCUAAAUCACUCUCUCUCUCUCUAUUACUCUUUUGUCACACUCGUUUCAACAAUGGCGAUUGAGAUUCAGGUUCCUUGCGACGGAGACGGUGUGUGCAUGCGGUGCAAGGCCACUCCUCCUGCUGAAGACUCGCUCACUUGCAGCACGUGCGUCACUCCAUGGCACGUGGCUUGUAUCCUCCCCGAAUCGCUCGUUUCUUCGACCGGAGGAGAGUGGCAGUGUCCCGAUUGCUCAGGCGAUAUCGUCGAAUCCGCCGUUCCGGUUUCCGGAACCGCUGGUGGUGCGGUUCUCUUAGCAGCGGUCCGUGCGAUUGAGGCUGAUGUGACACUCACUGAUGCUCAGAAAGCUAAAAAAAGGCAAAAACUCAUGAGUGGUGGUUCUGGUGGUGGUGUCGAUGAAGAAGACGACGAGAAGAAGGAGAGCGAUGAUGAAAAGAUCUGUUGCUCUAUUUGCAUUAAAUUGCCUGAAAGACCUGUUACGACACCGUGUGGUCACAACUUCUGCUUGAAAUGUUUUGAGAAAUGGGUAGCUAAAGGUAAUCUAACUUGUAUGACAUGCCGAGGCAAGAUUCCCAAACACGUGGCCCAGAAUCCACGCAUCAACUUAGCUCUAGUCUCUGCUAUUCGUUUAGCAAAGGCUUCAAAUUCUGCUGUUGUCAUAACUUCAGCCAAGAUUCAACAUGUUGUUAGGAAUGAAGAUCGGCCUGACAAGGCAUUCACUACGGAGAGGGCUAAAAAGACUGGGAAAGCUAACGCUUGUAGUGGUAAGAUUUAUGUCACGAUUCCAGGUGAUCAUUUUGGUCCGAUAACAUCCGAGUAUGAUCCCACUAGAAACCAAGGUGUCUUGGUUGGUGAGUCCUGGGAUGACAGACAAGACUGUAGGCAGUGGGGAGCGCAUUUCCCGCAUGUUGCUGGAAUCGCUGGGCAAUCUGGUUUUGGAGCUCAGUCAGUUGCUCUCUCUGGAGGGUAUCUAGAUGAUGAGGAUCACGGCGAGUGGUUCCUCUACACUGGAAGUGGUGGAAGGGAUCUCACUGGAAACAAAAGAACUGCUAACAUACAGUCUUUCGACCAGAAGUUUGCGAAAAUGAAUGAAGCUCUACGAAUUAGUUGCAAAAUGGGCUAUCCUGUCCGAGUUGUCAGGUCUCACAAGGAGAAGCGUUCAGCAUAUGCCCCUGAGAAAGGAGUGAGAUAUGAUGGGGUUUAUAGGAUUGAGAAGUGCUGGCGAAAAGUUGGAAUACAGGGUUCUUUUAAGGUCUGCCGUUACCUGUUUGUCAGAUGUGACAAUGAGGCAGCUCCAUGGGCCAGUGAUGUGCUUGGUGAUCGUCCAAGGCCAUUGCCUGUUAUUCCUGAGCUGAAUAAAGCUACUGAACUGUUUGUGAGAAAAGAGAAGCCAUCAUGGGAUUUCGAUGAAGCUGAUGGUCGUUGGAAAUGGAUGAAGUCUCCACCUGCUAGUAGAAAGUGUGUUGCUGCUCUGGAUCCUGAGUAUAGGAAGAUCGUUAGGAAAAGAGGAAAGAACUCUAUCAUGGACAAACUUCGCAAAGAGUUCAACUGCCAAAUCUGUCAUAAAGUGAUGAGUCUCCCAGUGACAACGCCUUGUGCUCACAACUUCUGCAAGGGAUGCUUAGAUGCUAAAUUUGCUGGGGUAGCUCAAGUGCGGGAGAGAAGCAGAGGUGGGCGCACACUACGUACAAAGAAGAAUGUCAUGACCUGCCAUUGUUGCACUACUGACCUCUCUGAGUUUCUCCAGAACCCACAGGUGAACAGAGAACUGAUGGAGGUGAUUGAGAAUCUGAAGAAGAAAGAGGAAGAGUCUCAAGCCGUUGAUGAACCAAGCAAUGACGCAGCAGAGUCUUCUGGAGGAAACACAGAGUCCGAAGAAGAAGAAGGAGAAGAGGAAGAGGAGGAAGCUGAACCACCAAGUAAGAAGAUCAAACUGGACAGCGACUGUGUUGGACCUGUUGGUGUUGGAAACUAAAGAAACUAGAGUGACUUAGUAUAUAUAUCAAUAUUAAAUAACUCUCUCGGUCUCAGCUCAAGGAGCUCUUUUUUUUUUUGCUAAACAGCUCAAGGAGCUCUUUUGGUUUGUAAUAUUUCGUACCAAAACUUAUGCGGCUUUUUAUUAUUUUGGUCUUAAUUCCAAACUUUAUUAGAACUUUGUUGAUU